AUGGCGGAUCAUAUUGAUAUUGUUCUCCACGGACUAGGAGCUAUUGGCUCGUUCUAUGCCUUCAUCCUAAGUCGCUCCGGCCGCGUGCGACUAACCGUUGUAGCACGUUCGAACUAUGAGGCUGUCCAAGCAAAUGUGAGUGUGUCCCUGGAGAACAGAUGUUUGGAUAUUAACCGUUGCGCCCGAAAGGGAAUUACCAUCGAUAGCCAGAACCAUGGCCGACAUGUUGUCCGUCCACACCGGGUGGUAAAAUCUGUUGCGGACCUUACGCCAGUCGACUAUAUCGUCUGCACUCACAAGGCAAUCGAUCAGGAUAAAGUGGCAGCUCAGUUGCAACCAGCCGUUGACAGCAGAACCACCAUCGUGAUCAUCCAGAAUGGCGUUGGUAACGAGGAGCCCUUCCGGACCCAGUUUCCCCAGGCUUCAAUCAUAAGCUGCACGACAUGGGUAGGAGCCACCCAGACAAGCCCUGGGAUCGUCGAGCACACCAAAUCCGAGGAUAUGCAGAUCGGCCUGUUCCCUAACCCUACGCUCGAAGCGGGAAUUGAGCAACAACGACUUAAGAGAUUCACAGAUCUCCUUCAGACGGGCCAGACUCAAUUCCAAGUCGUAGAGAAUGUUCAAAUCCAGCGAUGGGAAAAGGCCGUCUGGAACGCGGCGUGGAACUCAUUGAGUACACUCGCAAUGGUGGACAACCAUGAAUGGCUGCACUCCUCGGAAGAUGCGAUACCUUUUACUCGACAAUUAAUGCAAGAGGUCAUCACGAUCGCUCGGGGCUGUGGUGUGCCGCUGGAGGAUGGCCUGGUUGACACGCAUAUGGACAAGAUCGAUGCCAUGCCCAGGCGUGGAAGUAGCAUGCAGCUCGAUUGUAAAUGUGGUCGGCCGAUGGAGAUUGAUGUCAUCUUGGGAUUCCCAGUUAGGAAAUCUCGAGAGCUGGGUAUUCAGGCGCCCCGUUUGGAGACACUUUAUGUGCUUCUCCGCGCAAUUGAUGCGCGACUUAGAGCUGCGCAGUAG